AUGCUGCCUGAACCCAAUUUGGAAGGGGAUCUUCAUUUCGGGCCACACAUAGCAGCCCCGCCAGAAGCAGGGCUCCGUCACCUGCUAGCCCAAUCAGAAGCAGGGCUCCGUCAACGCAACCGCGGCCCGUCAGAGAACACCCUUUCUCAUGUGCCCACUCAUGUCGCCACUGCAGCUGCCAGACACCACGGGCACCCUUGCCAGAGUCACCACUCUGUGUUGCGUCCGCACCGCACUCUCCUUUCGGCUUACAACUUCCGCACCAACACGCCCCUAGCCAUUUCGCCCGAGGAUUGCAAGAACGGUGUUGGAGCGGGCCCAAGUGGGGUGUGCUUUGAGCAACUCGCGACGCCACGCGCUUCACCAUCCCGACGUGGGCGAGCACCUACUCGCUUCACCACCCCGACGUGGGCGAGCACCUACUCGCUUCACCACCCCGACGUGGGCGAGCACCUACUCGCUUCACCACCCCGACGUGGGCGAGCACCUACUCGCUUCACCACCCCGACGUGGGCGAGCACCUACUCGCUUCACCACCCCGACGUGGGCGAGCACCUACUCGCUUCACCACCCCGACGUGGGCGAGCACCUACUCGCUUCACCACCCCGACGUGGGCGAGCACCUACUCGCUUCACCACCCCGACGUGGGCGAGCACCUACUCGCUUCACCACCCCGACGUGGGCGAGCACCUACUCGCUUCACCACCCCGACGUGGGCGAGCACCUACUCGCUUCACCACCCCGACGUGGGCGAGCACCUACUCGCUUCACCACCCCGACAUGGGCGAGCACCUACUCGCUUCACCACCCCGACGUGGGCGAGCACCUACUCGCUUCACCACCCCGACGUGGGCGAGCACCUACUCGCUUCACCACCCCGACGUGGGCGAGCACCUACUCGCUUCACCACCCCGACGUGGGCGAGCACCUACUCGCUUCACCACCCCGACGUGGGCGAGCACCUACUCGCUUCACCACCCCGACGUGGGCGAGCACCUACUCGCUUCACCACCUCGACGUGGGCGAGCACCUACUCGCUUCACCACCCCGACGUGAAAGAGCACCUACUCGCUUCACCACCCCGACGUGGGCGAGCACCUACUCGCUUCACCACCCCGACGUGGGCGAGCACCUACUCGCUUCACCACCCCGACGUGGGCGAGCACCUACUCGCUUCACCACCCCAACGUGGACGAGCACCUACUCGCUUCACCGCCCCGACGUGGACGAGCACCUACUCGCUUCACCGCCCCGACGUGGGCGAGCACCUACUCGCUUCACCGCCCCGACGUGGGCGAGCACCUACUCGCUUCACCGCCCCGACGUGGGCGAGCACCUACUCGCUUCACCGCCCCGACGUGGUCGAGCACCUACUCGCUUCACCGCCCCGACGUGGGCGAGCACCUACUCGCUUCACCACCCCGACGUGUGCGAGCACCUUCAACGAGGGUGACCUCCCCCAAGACGUGCCCUUCAACGAGGGCGGCCUGCGCGUGCGUCUUCGGCAGUCCGGUCGGCCCGCCUGCCGCCUCACUCCCACCUACCCUGGGAGGCCUCGGCAUCACCGAUCCGGCAGCGGAGUGCAACUAUGCCUACAUGCCGUCAACGGCGACUACCUGCAGCCCUCCUCACGCAGCUCGGAGACGCCCUCCACCCCUUCUGGACCGAUUUUUGAGAAUUAUUGCAGCCCUGCUCAUCUUUUUUUAGCCUUCCCCACCGCCGGCAGAAGCACCUGUGACCCUCCCUACCCGCAUCGCCGUAGCAGAAGCAACCCUUCCGUUGGUCGGCAUCCCCACUCUCGCCCAGCUCCGGGAGGGCGCAGCGCAGACAUCUUGAACGACUCCCCAACCACCUGCUGCGGUGCGGAACGGGGGGAAAGGACGCAUAGGAACCCACCGGUCGAUGCGCAACGAAUGUGCCCGACCGGAAUUGCAGCCGCCGACGCGGGCUUUGCGGCACAGUGGGAGACUACGCUGUACACACCAGUGGAGGGGCUGAACUGGAGCAGUGUGGAUCGAGUUGACUUUUGA